AUGAUGAUUUUGUCUCUGUUGGAGGAAAAUGUGAAACGAAAUGAGUUGUCAAACGUUUGUCUGGUAAAAGGCCUUGACUGGCAGAAUGAAGAAAGCGUAACAUCUGCCAUUAAUGGCCUGGAAGACCUCAACUAUUUGAUCGCAGCUGAUGUAUUCUAUGACAUCUGCACUUUCCGUCCGUUAAUAACUACGAUUUGUCAUUUCUUCGACCGUUUUCCUAAACUUCGUUUCUACUUCAGUUAUGCUGUACGAGAUGGUGCAUCAGCGUCGAAAUUAGUAUUUGUGAAUACAUCUGGCAAAACGUUAGCGGAGGCAUCUACAUCAGGAACGAAUUACAAUUUGGAUGGUAUCGAACGAACAGCAUCAUUUAUAGCCACAUGGGUGCGAGAAACCGCAGCUAAAAAUAAUAUCGCACUGCCUUUGAAAGGACUGGGUCUUGGCCUAUCUGGAGCGGAAGGUGCUCGUGAUAAUGCUCUUUUUAUUGAUUACCUUAAAGUUCAUCAUGGCGAUGUAGCAGACCAUUUGUAUCUAGCGUCAGAUGCAGUAGCUACCGUUGCCGCGGCAUUCGAGCAAGGUAGGUUUCUC